GCGGCCCACGCCAGAGAUUAGUUUCACGGGUUUGUGGUGGGGUCGGGCGCGGGUGUUUUCAAGCUCCCGGGCCUCCCACCGAGUCCCAGGGCCGUGCGUGGGCGCCGGGGGCUGGCGGGGACCCGCGGCGGCGCAGCUCUCGGGCCCUCGGGGAGCCCAGCCGCGACCCGCCCGCCGCCCCACCCUCGGGGGGGGGGGGCAGACAGCGAUACAGGGUGCUCGGCUCCGGGAGGGGAUGGGGGCGGCUAGCGGCGCCCGCAGGCUUCCUGGAGCCCAGCUCCGGCCGCGGCCUAGGGGCUCCCGGUUGCGCACACGCUCCGUUGUCGCGGGCUCCCGCAGGCCGGCUCCCACCCCCGAACUUCUGCCCGGGACCCCGACCUGCAGCCCGUGCCCGGAUCCGGGACCCACGGCCGCCCCGCCCCCGAGGAGGCCCCCGUUCGCUCCUCGCCCAGCCCCGCAGUUUGUGAAGUUUCUUUUGACGUAUCUUCAAGUUCACCUGACUCAGUGUCAAGUCUGUUGAUGAGCCCAUCAAAGGAAAAAGCAACUAGGAUCUCUCAACAGCAGUUAACUCCUAAAAGAUCCCCCACAGCUUUUAUCUAACGGUCAACUCAGAGUCUACAAGUUACCCACAGUCAACAGUCCAGAGGCAGAUGAUCCUGCUUUCGACAUAUCCUCAGGUCGUUAGGCUAACAAUAGUAGCCUAACGCUUACACCAUGAUCUCUAUGUCGUUCGCCUUACUUCAUCUCAUCAUCUAGGCAUUUUAUCACCUCACAUCAUUACAAGAAGGGUCCGAGGGAUGUGGCUCUGCCGGCCCAGGCACCACUGAAUCGCCCAGGCGUCCCGAAGACCCGACCUGAGCACAGACCAUGAGUCCUCUGAGGCUGCUGCUGCUGCUGCUGGGUGGCUGCCUCCUCGUGGCCGCCCGGAGAGCCAAGGGGACGGCUGGCAGCGCGGCAGAGCUGGCCUCCGCUCCCACGGGCGGCUCUUCCGGCCGCUUCGUCAGCCCCGAGCGGCACGCGUGCAGCUGGCAGCUCCUGCCGCGCGUCCCAGGGCCCGCGGCGGGGAGCGAGCUGGCGCUGAGCUGCCGGGACCCGGCCGGGGCGCUCCAGCAGUGCGCCUACCGCGGGGAGCCGGAGCGCUGCGCCGCCUACGUCGCCCGCGGCCCCCACUACUGGAAGCAGGUGCUGGGCGGGCUGCGCAAGAAGAGGCGGCCGUGCCAGGACCCGGCUCCGCUCAAGGCUCGCCUGUGCGCAGGCAAGAAGGGCCACGGCGCCGAGCUGCGCCUGGUGCCCCACGGGUCCUCACCCGUGCGCCCCACUGCGGCAGUCUUCCCCCGGGAUCCCGAGCCCCCAGCAAGGAGCCGGGGGCGGCUCCGGGAGCCCGCUCCCGGUCUCGCAGGAGGGUCCCGACUUCCCGAGAGCAAGUCUCCCAGAGGGAAGCCCUCUGAGAAGACCAAAGCGGGCAAGAGGAAGGCAACCUCGGACCCAGAAGAGGAGCGACCCCUGGGGACGCGGCCUGAUCCGGACGGGUUGGACGAGAACGCGAAGCUCACGGAGACCUACUGUGCUGAGAAGUGGCACUCCCUUUGCAACUUCUUUGUCAAUUUCUGGAAUGGCUGAGGCUGCCAGCUUGGGGAAGAACGUGGGUGGGGGGCUGGGGGCUGGGGGUGGGGGGUGGGGGGUGGGAGGGCAUGGGCCUUGGGAUGGGAGUGUAAGGGGUGUGGAGAAUCUCUGAGAUAGCAAAGACGUUUAACUUUUUGAAAAGUCCGAUCCUGAUGAAGAGCAGAAGAAAUGGUGGAAACAGAAGUAGGCAUACCUUAAAUGUACAAAACCUGUAGACUGGGAGAGAGGCGAGUACAGAGGAAGGCUGGAAAAAAAAAAAUAAGAGGGAAAAAGUGACGAAAGCUAUGUUGUUUCAUGUGGGAAGCAGGAUACAAUGUAUAUUGUUUAACACACUUAUAUUAAAAUGUAAUCACCAGCAAUUGGUAACCUGAGCCAGACUGAAUUGUUUAGUGACUUCCCACUCAGUCAGAUGACAAGAUUCCGACCUUUCCCCCCCUCCCCACCUUUUGGCAUUAGUAUGAACUUGGGUACUGCUUGGUGUCAUAGAUGACCUCUAUUGGGUUAGAAGCCAUUCAGAUAUCAAAAUUACCUCCAGUUAGAAGAUUUGCAGGUUGGCUGCCCUUGGAUUCUUUUAGAAGUGCUACUUUUAAAUACAGGGAUGCCUUAUGUUCUGAAACUUUCCCAUUGACCUCUUAAGAAUGGUAGUGCUCUGGUCGGUUUCUAAAAAGAAUUCUUUGUGUUUGAUCAUAUAUUUUUUUAAUUUUUUAAAUUUUUUUAUCACUUUUUAAAAAAUAGCUGAAAUUAAGUAUGUAUUUCUGAGUCAUUUGGAUCAUUAUGGAAGUUAUAUGUGUUUUAUGUAAUUAAUUAUUAACAUUUCAUUUUAAGUAAGAUGUAAUGAUAACUUAGCACAUGUUAGGUGCUCAAUAAAAACUUUAUGAAAAGAUUUAAAGAACUGGCAGGGGAAUGGAAAUUCUGGCUGCAUAUGAUAAAGUUCUGAAUAUACCUUAAAGUAAGUGUUUAAACAUCUCCCAAAGUGUUAGGAAAAGACAAGAAGUCUGCAUAAAGCAAGAGUGACAAACUGGCAAACCCUGGGUUGUAUCAUUGCUCUGCUUGGCCUACACAUGUUUCUCUUUCAUUUUUCCUCUUUGUCUUCCCUCCCAAUUUGGAUUUGUUGCCAACAUUUAAAAAUUAAAUA